CCCAUGUCCAGCAGCAGCGUGAUCACCCCCUUGCACAUAGGCAGCAGCGGCAGCGGCGGCGUCGGCGGCGACGGAGGAUCGACCUCGUGUCCCAUGGGCAUGUUCAAGUGCGCCGAGGGCAAGUGCAUACCACAGAGCUGGGUCUGCAAUUAUCAGCGCGACUGCGAGAACGCCGAGGACGAGUUUCAAUCGUGUCCGCCACCCGAAUGCGAACCUGGACAGCUGACGUGUGGACAGUACGUGUUCAACAAGACGUACUGCGUGCCACCGUAUCAGAGAUGCGACAUGACCGUGGAUUGCGUCGACGGCACGGACGAAGCUGGCUGCAAUUAUCGUAAAUGCCUGCCGGACGACUUCAGAUGCGGCAACACGACGCCGGAACUGUGUCUGCCGGCGGAGAAACGCUGCGACGGCUACCUGGACUGCAGGAACGGCCGCGACGAGGAGGGCUGUCCGGGCUCCAGGGCGCCCUGCCGUCUCGAUCAGUUCAGGUGCAACGUGACGCAGCGCUGCAUCGACCAGCAGCUCAGGUGCAAUCACAAGGACGACUGCGGCGACAACAGCGACGAGGAGCAUUGCAGCUUUCCGGCCUGCACGAGCGAUCAGUUCCGUUGCGCCAACUCGCUCUGCAUACCGAUGAGCUAUCACUGCGACGGCUACAAGGACUGCGACGACGGCUCCGACGAGAAGAGCUGCACGUCCAUCGUCUGCGCCGGCAAGUACCUCUGCUCGAUCGCCGGCAAGCCCACCUGCAUCAACAAGUCGCAGCUGUGCGACGGUAAAAAGGACUGCGACAAUGGCAGUGACGAGGAGGUCGCCUGCUCGACGCACAUGUGCAGCACUCUGGGCUGUCAGUUUCAAUGCCAGGCAUCGAUGACCGGUGGUGUAUGCUACUGUCCGGAGGGUCGCGUUUUAGCGAAUGACUCGCGAAGCUGCAUAGAUCGCAACGAGUGCCAGGAAUGGGGCUUCUGCGAGCAGCUGUGUACCAACACCGAUGGUUCGUACCAGUGCGGCUGUGCGCCCGGUUACGUUCGUUUUAGCAAGAAUCGUUGUCGUGCCGUUGACGGUGAUCCCCUCGAACUACUGGUAGCGCAAGAGAGGGCCAUUUGGAGAGUGUUGCCGUCGAGCAAUAGCGACGAGAAGACCCUCAUUGCAAAUACAACUGGAGCUAGUGGCUUGGACUUUCAUCUCGAGAGAAAUCUAUUAUUCUGGAGCGACGUAAAGACGAGAAAGAUUCACUCGCAACCGCUGAAAGCCAACGUACCGCUGAGAAUAUCUGGCUCUAUCGUUGAACAAAUUGUAGGCUCGGCCGACCAUCUGGAUCCGGACAUCUCUCAGCCGGGCUCGUGGUCGCCCGUGGCUUUGGCCGUCGAUUUCGUCGGUGACAAGCUCUACGUCGUCGAUUCGGUCGUUCAGAAGAUCGACGUGUUCGAGCUCAGUGGCCGGUAUCACGGUAUCGUUCUGGGCUCGAACCUCACCAGUCCAGCUGACAUCGCGCUCGAUCCGUUAGUCGGUCUGAUGUUUAUCGCCGACAGUAAGCAGGUGCUGAGAGCCAACAUGGACGGUACUGGAGCUUUUCCGAUUGUGUCGGAGGCUGCCUACAAAGUAUCCGGCGUAGCUGCUGAUAUUAUCGCCAAGCGGGUUUAUUGGUGCGAUCUGUUACUGGAUUACAUCGAGACUGCGGAUUAUCUGGGAAGAAAUCGAGUUAUGAUCCUUAGAGGAAAUCAGGUACCAUCACCGAUGCGUCUCACCGUGUUCGAGAACAAAAUCUACUGGACCGACGGCUCGAAGCAAGCCGUACUCAGCGUCGAGAAGACACAGAGCGAAAAUUCCGUCAAGAGCGUGGCCAAGCUGCGCGACGCCAAGGCCAUCAAAGCUUUCCACCAGCUCGUCCAGCCCAAGGUCCCACUGAAUCCGUGCGGCACCAACAACGGUGGCUGCCAGCACAUGUGCAUCGUCACGGCGGUCAACGGCAAGGACGCCGGUCUGGGCUAUCGUUGCGCCUGCGACAUCGGCUGGAGACUGUCCUCCGAUCUGAUGAACUGCGUGCCGGUCCAAGAGUUCCUAAUGUAUUCGCAGCAGCGCUUCAUCAAGGGUCGCGUACUCGACCCCGUGACGGAGGGCUUCAGCGACGCCAUUUUGCCGGUUGUGUCGAGGCGGGCGAGAUUCGUCGGUCUCGAUUACGACGCGCACGAGGAGUACAUUUACUACAGCGACGUGCUUCAGGAUGUCAUCUACCGGGUGCAUCAGAACGGCACGGGUCGUGAAAUCGUUUUGGCCAGUCAGAACGAGGGAGUGGAGGGUCUCGCGGUCGACUGGGCCGCGAAAAAUCUCUACUACAUCGAUUCUCGCAAAGGUACGCUCAACGUGCUGAGCACGCGCAACGUCACUUACAGGCGCACACUGUUGAAAAAUCUGAAACGACCGAGAGCAAUCGUCAUCCAUCCGAAUCACGGAUACAUAUUCUUCUCCGAGUGGGACAGGCCCGCGAACAUCAGUCGAGCUCACGCCGACGGCUCGAACCUCGUCGUCUUCAAGAAUCUUACCCUUGGCUGGCCCAACGGCUUGGCCAUCGAUUUCACCAAGGAUAGGCUGUACUGGUGCGACGCUCUGCUGGACCACGUGCAGCACUCGAAUCUCGACGGAACGGACGUGAGGAACGUGAACUCGCGACUCAUUCGUCACCCGUUCUCCAUUGCCAUUCACGAGGAAUGGAUGUACAUAACUGACUGGAGAAUCGACGCUAUCAUUCGCAUGCACAAGGAAACCGGCGAGCAAGAGACGAUUCUCGUGCGCGAACCAGCCACCAACAGGCUGUACGGCGUCAAGGUAUUCAGCCGCGACGUGCAGAGCCCCAACAACGAGCAUCCGUGCGCCAUCAACAAUGGCGGCUGCGAGAAGCUCUGCUUCGGAGUGCCCAAAAAUAACACUACCACCAACAAAUACGGAUUCCCCAGACUGACCAGGUUCUGCGGCUGUCCGUACGGAGAAAAGCUGCAAGAGGACGGCAAGACCUGCGUGGAAGAUCGCGAGGCUGAACCGCCUCUGCUGGCUUGCCCCAACGCCUGGGACUUCACCUGUGCCAAUCAGCGCUGCGUUCCGCAAUCGUGGGUCUGCGAUGGCGACGACGAUUGCUUGGACAACAGUGACGAGAUGCAGAACUGCACCAAGCCCACUUGCGGCGCCAACGAGUUCCAGUGCAAAGCUGGAAGAUGCAUCCCGUUGAGCUUCCGCUGCGACGCCGAAAACGACUGCGGCGAUUACAGCGACGAGACCGGCUGCCCGAACAUCACCUGCACGGCCAAUCAGUUCACCUGCGAUAAUAAUCGUUGCAUUCCUGCCAACUGGAAGUGUGACUCGGAAAACGAUUGCGGCGACAGCUCGGACGAGGGUGAAUUUUGCGCUGCCAAGACCUGCUCGUACUUCCAAUUCACUUGUCCGAGAUCUGGACACUGUAUUCCACAAUCGUGGGUGUGCGAUGGUGACAACGACUGCUUCGAUCAGCAGGAUGAGAUGGACUGUCCACCAGUUACUUGUCUCAGUACGCAGUUUACUUGUGCCGAUCAGAAGAUGUGCGUCCUCGAGUCUUACAAGUGCGAUGGUAUAUCGGAUUGUAACGAUGGGUCUGAUGAGGUCGGUUGUCCAUCUUUAGCAGCAGAUCAAUGUAAUUCAGCCAAACAGUUCCAGUGCGGCGGCACCGGCAUAUGCAUACCCAAAUCGUGGUACUGCGACGGAACACCCGAUUGUCACGACAAGAGCGACGAACCCGCGAGCUGCGGCAAAGUCGACUGUCAACCGGGCUACUUCAAGUGUCGCAACUCCCAUUGCAUCUUCAAAGCCUACAUCUGCGACGGCAAGGACGAUUGCGGCGACGGCUCCGACGAAGACGCCAAGUUGCACGCCUGCGCGCCUCCGCCGUUCAAGUGCGAGUCCCAGCAGUGGCAGUGUCCCAACGUAACCAAUCAAUGCAUCAACAUCACUAGCGUUUGCGAUGGUCGCGUCGAUUGUCCUCACGGUGGCGACGAGGGACCGGGUUGCGAUCUCAACUCGUGCUCCUCCACCCAUCACUUCGGUCUGUGCUCCAACAACUGCACCCAGACUCCUCUGGGAGCUCUCUGCACUUGUCCAUCCGGCGAAGAGCUCAACGACGACGGUUUCACCUGCAAAGACGUGAACGAGUGCGAUCCACCGGGUCGCUGCUCGCAGAAAUGCGUCAACACCAAGCGAAGCUUCUACUGCGAGUGCGUCGACGGCUACACGCUCGAUGCCAAUAAACAUACUUGCAAGGCCUUCAAUCACAGCGCCGCUUUCUUGAUCAUCAGCAAUAGGCACACCAUUUUGGUGGCCGAUCUGCAGGAUCAAGCUCUGGAACGAGUACCCACCAACGUGGAGAACGUCGUGGCUACGGCGAGUAACAUGCACACCGGUACGAUCUUCUGGUCGGACAUGAAGCUGAAAAAGAUAUCUCGAUUGGACAAGGGCAGCUACCCGCAAGACGUUAUAUCGAGCGGUUUGGAUCUGGUCGAAGGCUUGGCUUACGAUUGGAUCGGCGGUAAUCUUUACUGGCUCGAUUCCAAAUUGAACACCAUCGAGGUAGCCAAAGAGACCGGACAGAAUCGCAUGGUGCUGGUCAAAGAAAAUAUCACGCAACCGCGCGGAAUGUGUCUGGAUCCGAGCCCAGGUGCUCGCUGGCUGUUCUGGACCGACUGGGGAGAGAAUCCUCGGGUCGAGCGCGUCGGCAUGGACGGCACCGCUCGUCAAGCCAUCAUCACCACCAAAAUCUACUGGCCGAACGGUCUGGCUUUGGACAUCGCUACUAAACGCGUGUACUUCGCCGACAGUAAGCUCGAUUUCAUCGACACUUGUCUGUACGACGGCACGGAACGUCUGCAAGUACUCGCCAGCUCGCAUUACCUGUUACAUCCGCACUCGCUGACGCUGUUCGAGGACACGAUGUAUUGGACCGACAGGCAGCUCAAUCGUGUCCUGUCCGCUCACAAAUUCAAGGGAUCGAAUCAAACCGUGGUGUCGCACGUUAUCUCGCAACCUCUGAGUAUACACGUUCAUCAUCCAGUGCUGCAACCGAUUACUCCUAAUCCCUGUGCCAAUGCCUCUUGCACGCAUCUUUGCCUGCUGAGUCCCACCGCGCCAAAAGGAUUCACGUGCAAGUGUCUGGUUGGCUUCAAAGAAUUGGCCGACGGCAGAUGCGUCGAAGAGGAUACACCCUUCCUGAUGGUACUGCGAGGCUCGCAAAUCGUCGACGUAUCCUUGACUCCUGGCGACGUGAAGAGCGGCUACAUCACACCGGUCGUCGGUAUUGAGAACGGCCGCUUCAUCGAUUACGAUCGCAGAGAUCACAUGGUCUACUGGCUUCAGGACAAGGACGGCGACAAGGAGAGCGAAAACGCUACCUUGUACACUAUGCCCUACACCGGUGGCAAUCGCACCGAGUUCCCGAAUCCUCAAGGCGAUUCUGGAAUUGUCGGUUCGCCCUCGACCUUCGCCAUCGACUGGCUCGGCCGUAACGUCUUCAUCGGCAACAAGGUCGCCUCGAACAUCGAAGUCAUCAAGAUCGACGGCGAUUUGAAGCAUCGAACGAUCGUACUGGCCAACGACGGCAACAAGACUUCGGUCGCCAAGCCCAAAGCCAUGUGCGUCGAUCCUCUCGAGGGUCACGUGUUCUGGAUCGACGAGGGUGGCUUCGGCGUACCCAUCAAAAUCGGCCGAGUCAACAUGGACGGCUCGAAUCCACUGAUACUCGUGGAUCAGGAGCAAUGGCUCGAAUCACUGACCAUCGACAUCCCGAACAAGAUGCUCUACUUCAGUACUCAGCAUCCGGGUUACGUGAAAGCCAUGAACACCGACGGCACGGAAGUUCGCAACAUACUCUCGAGCGUCAACAACAUCGCCGUGCCCAAAGCCUUAGCCGUUCACGGACAGAGACUUUACUACCUCGACCCUGCGUACGAGAAAAUCGAACGAGUCGACUUGCCGGACGGUGACAAUCCUACCAUGAUCGUUCACAAUGACGCCGAUCUCAAGACCAUGACCAUCUACAAGAAACGCCUCACCGACACUUCCCACCCGUGUCUCACCAACAACGGCGGCUGCGAGCAGAUCUGUCUGCCCUCCGCGGGUCGCACUCGCAUCUGCGCCUGCGGCAUGCAGUAUCGCAAGGUCGGCGAGACCAGCUGCCAGUCUUACAACACUUUCCUCGUGGUGACGCAGCUCGAUGUCGCCCGCGGCUACAGCUUCAAGGACGCCAAGGAGGCCAUGGUACCGAUUGCCGGGCCCGGUCAUCACAUCCUGCACGUCGACGUGCACUACGAACAGAACUGGAUCUACUGGGUGGAGUUCAAUCGCGGCACCUGGAACGGAAUAUUCCGUAUCAGGCCCAAUGGUACGGAUCUCCAGCACGUCAUCAAGUCGGGGAUCGGUUCCAAUGGUAUUCGUGGACUCACCAUCGAUUGGAUCGCCGGAAACAUGUACUUCUCCAAUGUGUUCCCGCACGACAAUUACGUGGAGGUGUGCCGACUGGACGGCAGUCAUCGGAAAGUGAUCGUCAAGACGACCAUCGACACGCCACGAGAGCUGGCGGUCAAUCCGAUUCGCCGAAUGCUGUACUGGAUCGAUUAUGGCCAGUAUCCUCGUAUCGGUAAGGCUUUCCUCGACGGUAGCAGCUGGAAACCGAUCGUGACGUCUGGUAUCAGUACACCGCGCGAUUUGACCAUCGAUUUCUUGACCCACGACGUUUACUGGGUCGAUUCGAAGCUCGACACCAUUCAGCGAGUGUCGUAUUCCGGCAGCAAUCGACAGGUCAUCCGGCGUAAUCUGCCCAAUCCGAUGGGCGUCGUUGUUUUCGGCAAUGACGUCUACUGGGUAGAUCGUAAUCUCGCCAGUGUCUUCUAUGCUAGCAAACAGCCGGGCAACAUCACUCUGCCUACACCACUCCGCACAAACCUGCCGAAAUUGCGGGACAUCGCCAUUUUCGAUAAGAGCGCUCAGCCCCAAGACGACAGCAAUCCUUGCGGCAGACCAGCCAAUGGCGACUGUGGUCAACUUUGCUUUGCCUUCCCUAGAGACAAUAAUGUACAAAUGAGAUGCGACUGCGCCAUUGGCAAAUUAGCCAGCGAUCAGAAGAGCUGCGAGAACGUCGACGAGUAUCUCGUCUUCGCCACUCGUACCGAGAUCAGAGCCAUCAAUCUCGAUCCGCGCGACACCUCGCUGCCCUUCCAACCGAUUGGUAAUCUGACUAACGUCGUCGGUGUCGAUUUCGACUACGACGACAGGCGCAUCUUCUUCACGCAAAUCCGACCAUGGGCCAAGAUCGCUUGGUUGGAUUCGGCCAACCCUGCAGUUAGUGCUAUCACCACUAUCCUAGGUAAAAAUAUCAACCCGGAGGGGAUCUCGUACGACUGGACGCAGAAAAAGAUCUACUGGACCGAUUCGUCCAACAACAGCAUCUACGCUAUGAACACGGACGGCACGGAACUGGUCAUGAUCGCGAGAGUCGACAGGCCCAGAGCCAUCGUCGUCGAUCCCUGCAACGGUUCGCUCUACUUCACCGACUGGGGACGUUUCAGUACCUCUGGUAAAAUUUAUCGCACCACCAUGGCCGGCUCGUUGAAGAAGGCCAUCAUUGAGAAAGAUCUGGCUCAGCCGAGUGGUUUGGCUAUCGAUUACGAGGAACGCAUGCUUUACUGGACAGACGCCAUCAAGGAAAAGAUCGAGAGAUCCGAUCUGGACGGUAACAAUCGCGAAGUGUUGAUUCCAGCUUCGAUUUAUCCGUUCGCGAUUACGGUCUUCCGUGAGCAUAUCUACUGGACGGAUUUGCAGCUGCGCGGCGUGUACAGAGCUGACAAGUACACCGGUGGCGACCGUACCGAAUUAGUCAAACGAUUGGAAGACUCACCGCGUGAUCUACACAUCUACUCGCCGGGACGUCAGCAGUGCAAGGUCAACGCUUGCAACAUCAAGAACGGCGGCUGCGAUCAGUCCUGCCAUCCGGGCCCCAACGGCACGGUCGAGUGCAAGUGCGACGACAACAGCCGCCUGGUCAACGACAAUCGCAUGUGCGUCAGUAAAAACGUCACCUGCGACUCGAGCAAGUUCGCCUGUCGCAACGGCAAGUGCAUCUCGAAGAUGUGGGCCUGCGACGGCGACAGCGACUGCGGCGACGGCUCCGACGAGGACGUCAAUUACUGCGCCUACCACUCGUGCAGUCCCAACGAGUUCCGUUGCAACAACGGACGCUGCAUCUUCAAGUCGUGGAAGUGCGAUCACGAGGACGAUUGUCAAGACGGCUCGGACGAGGAGGGUUGCACCUAUCGUCCCUGCGCACCUGGAGAAUUCACUUGCGCCAAUCAGCGUUGCAUUCCGAUGGCGCAAGUCUGCAACGGAGUGAACGACUGCAAGGACAACGUGACGAGCGACGAGACUCACGAGCGAUGCCCGAAGAACACCACCUGUCCACCGAAUCACUUGAAGUGUGAAAAUACCAAUAUCUGCGUCGAGCCCUACUGGCUCUGUGACGGUGACAACGACUGCGGCGAUAACAGUGACGAGAAUCCUCUGCACUGCUCUCAGAGAACUUGCCCGCAGAACAGCUUCCGUUGCCCGAAUCAUCGUUGCAUACCGGCGACCUGGUACUGCGACGGCGACGACGAUUGUCUGGACGGCAGCGAUGAACCACCAGAGUAUUGCCAUUCCGAGGGUAGAACUUGCUUCGGCGAUCUGUUCACUUGCGAUAACGGUCAUUGUAUACCUAGAAUUUAUAUAUGCGAUGGAGACAAUGAUUGUUUGGAUAAUUCCGAUGAAGACGAUCGACAUCAAUGCAACGAUCGAACGUGCGAUCCCGAAACCGAAUUCACCUGUACGGCCAACAAAGCCUGGAAUCGCGCCCAGUGUAUACCGCAAAAAUGGCUCUGCGACGGCGAUCCCGAUUGCGUCGACGGCGCCGACGAGAACGUGACGAUGCACCGUUGCCCCGAGCCGGUACCCUGCUCGGAGAAUCAAUUCACCUGCAACAACGGACGUUGUCUCAACCGUAACUGGCUCUGCGAUCACGACAACGACUGCGGCGACGGCUCGGACGAGGGCAAAUUCUGUAAUUCGAGGUACAAGGAGUGCCAGGAGAACGAGUUCACGUGUCAGAACUUCAAGUGUAUCAGAAAACAAUUCAGAUGCGAUGGCCAAGACGACUGUGGCGAUCAUUCGGACGAAGUCGGUUGUGCAACAAAGAGUAAAAACGCAACGUGUCCGAACGCAAACGAAUUCCGCUGCACAUCGGGUCAGUGUAUCAACGCGCAACUCGUGUGUAACAAAGAGAUCGACUGUAACGACGGUAGCGACGAGCCAGCUCACUGUAACGUCGACGAGUGCGCACGAAUCGAGCUCAAUCAGUGCGGUCAUCGGUGCGUCGACACCCCGACGUCGUAUUACUGCGAGUGUAAUCCCGGUUAUAAACUGCUGGAAGAUGGCAAAGCUUGCGCUGAUAUCGACGAGUGCGCCGAAACGCCCUGGGUGUGCAGUCAACAGUGUGAGAACACACCCGGCAGGUAUUAUUGUAAAUGUAACGAAAAAUGGUACGAUCGAGCACCGGAUGAGCACACUUGCAAGCGUCGCGACAACAUUCAGCCUUGGCUGGUAUUCACCAACAAGUAUUACGUGAGGAACAUGUCGAUUGACGCCACGCAGUACAAUAUCGUUCAUCAAGACCUCAUCAACGUCGUGGCUCUGGACGCCGAUUACCAGACGCAGACUCUGUACUUCUGCGACGUCACGGCUAAAGCUAUUUACCGAGCGCCGAUAGCCGGAGGAGAAAAGGAAGCCAUUAUCAGACACAACAGUCUCGGACUCGAAGGCAUAUCGAUCGAUUGGGUAGGACGCAAGCUCUACUGGCUCGAUCGACACGCCAAGCAUCUCGACGUCUCCGAGCUGGACGGAACGAAUCGUAAAACGCUGCAGAGCGGCAUUGCCGAUCCCAGAGCUAUCGUCGUACAUCCGGGCACGGGUCAUCUGUACUUCACUUCCUGGCACCUGCAGGCUUACAUCGCCAAAAUGGGCAUGGACGGCAGCAAUCUCACGCGCAUCUUGACCUGGAACGACGACAUCGCCUGGCCGAACGCCUUGACCAUCGAUUACAUCACCGAUCGUCUGUUCUUCGCCGACGCUCAUCUCGAUUACAUAGCGUUUACCGAUCUCGAGGGUCACAACAGACGCAUCGUGCUGUCGGGUGCCUCGGUACCUCACGUCUUUGCCAUUACUGCCUUCGACGAUCACAUUUACUGGACCGAUUGGAACUUGAAGACCAUCAUGAGGGCGGAAAAGUUCUCCGGAGCUAAUCCGACUAUUUUACGAAAUACCACGCACAGACCCUACGACAUUCACGCUUAUCAUCCGCUAAGACAACUACCUUACCCCAAUCCAUGUGCCAAUAACAACGGAGGCUGCUCUCAUCUCUGUCUCAUUGCGCCACCUGCCAGUAGUUAUCUGUUGGAAGGCUACGGACAACCGGGUAUCACGAGCUACAAAUGCGCUUGUCCAAAUCAGUUUGUCCUAGGCCCUGACAAGAAGACUUGCAUGGCUAACUGCACUAAUGGUCAACACAGAUGCGGUCCGCCCGAUGAGAAAUGCAUACCUUGGUUCUGGAAAUGCGAUGGGGAAAAAGAUUGCAGAGAUGGUUCCGAUGAACUUGGAAACUGCUCGUCCACUAGAGUCUGCCGUCCCGGAGUAUUCCAAUGCGCAAAUAAGAACUGCGUACCAACCAUCACCGUCUGCGACGGUACGGACGAUUGCGGAGAUAAAUCCGACGAAGCCAACUGUGCCCUGGAAUGUCCAGAGCUCGAAUUCAAAUGCAAGAGCACUGGCAGAUGUAUCCACGAUUCUUGGGUUUGCGAUAACGACGCCGAUUGCAAGGACGGCAGCGACGAAGAUCCUGCCAUGUGCCAUAACCGAACGUGCGAUCCCGAAACCGAGUUCGCUUGCAAGAACGGCAAGUGCAUACCGAAGUUGUGGCAGUGCGACUUCGACAACGACUGCGGCGACGACAGCGACGAGCCGGCCUUCAUGUGUCGCCAGCGCAACUGCACCACCGGCUGGCAACGCUGCCCAGGCCACGCCAACUAUCGCUGCAUACCCAAGUGGCUGUUCUGCGACGGCCGCGACGACUGCCGCGACAACUCGGACGAACGCCCCGAGGCUUGUCCUAAGUGCGAUCCCACGACCGAGUUCAAAUGUGCCAAUAAUCGCUGCAUACCCAAGCAGUGGAUGUGCGACUUCGCCGACGACUGCGGCGAUGGUUCGGACGAGGCCAAGGCCACCUGCUCCGGCAAAUAUCGAGAGUGCACGGAGAGCGAGUUCAAGUGCGGAAACGGCAAGUGUAUAGCGUCGAGAUGGCGAUGCGACAACGAGGACGACUGCGGCGAUAAGUCCGACGAGGCCAAUUGCCAGGAGCACAAGUGCAAGAACGACACGUUCCAGUGUACGACGGGACACUGUAUACCCGCUGCUCUGCGUUGCGACGGUGCUCGGGACUGUCAAGACAUGAGCGACGAGAUGGGUUGCAUGCCCAAGUAUCCGGGCGGACGUUUCUGUCCGCAGUCGCAAUUCCAGUGCGACAACAAUCUGUGCGUCUCGCUGACCGAUCGUUGCGAUGGAAGCGACGACUGUGGCGACGGUUCGGAUGAGAAUCCCACGAUGUGUGCCACAUUCAGUUGCGACACGACAAGACGCUUCCAGUGUGACAAUCAUCGCUGCAUACCCAAGUACCAGCUGUGCGACGGAAUCGACAAUUGCGGCGACGGCAGCGACGAGAACAACAUGACGCUGUGCUCGCGCAAGAUCAUACCCUGCAAUCCGAUCACCGAGUACCAGUGCGCCAACAAGAACUGCAUCGAUCGCCUGAAGAUCUGCGACUUCGCCAACGACUGCGGAGAUUAUUCCGACGAGUUGGGCUGUCAUCACAACAAGGCCUGUAACGAGGCCAACAAGGGUGGCUGCUCGCACUUCUGUCAGAACGUCACAGACUCGGGCAGUAUCACGUCGGAUGUCGCACCCCGAGGUUACAUCUGCGCCUGCUAUCCCGGCUACAUCAUUUCUCAGGACAAUCAUAAGCAUUGCGAGGACAUCAACGAGUGCCUCAAGGGUCAGCACUUCUGCUCGCAGUUGUGUACCAACAUGAACGGCUCGUACGCCUGCACGUGUCGCGACGGCUUCAAACUCGCCGACAAUUUGAGCGGAGUCUGCAAGGCCGAGGACGACAAGACCAUGGUUUUGUUCGGUGCCGCUCAAGAAAUUCGUGGCUUGAGACUGGCCAAGAACGAGGCGAUUGACAUAGUUAUAAACGAGAAACGCAUCAACGCGCUGGACUUCGAUCCUAAGAUGGACUACGUCUAUUGGAUCGACGGACAUGAUCACACCAUCAGACGUUCGGCGAUGGUCGACGGUAAACUCGUCUCGAUCGGUUUUGCGCAAGACAUCGAAUCCGAUGAAAACUCCGUACCAACAAGUUUGUCGCUGGAUUGGGUGUCCAACAAUCUUUACUGGACUGAAAUCGAGGAUCCAAUGAGCGAAAUGACGCGUCGUGGACGUGUCGUGGUUGCCAAAGCCGACGGACGCUACAAACGCAGCUUGAUCACGCAAAAUCUCGAGCUGCCGACGGCGGUAGUCGCGGAUCCACAACUGGGCAGAAUAUACUGGGCCGAUGGUGGUAGCCAACCCAAGAUCGAAUCGGUUUGGAUGGACGGCAGCAGGCGCAAGGCCGUGGUCAUCAGCAGGCUGGGUAAACCGAGCGCUCUAGCGAUCGAUCAUGGCAUGGACCACACGCUAUACUGGACUGACAUCAAGCUCAAUACCAUCGAGUCCAUACAAAAGGACGGCACCAACAGAAAGAUCAUCAUCACCGGUGAACAUUUGAGGCAUCCGGUGUCACUUGACGUUUUCGAGAGCUAUGUCUACUGGAUGACGCGCGCAGAGGAGGUCUUCAGACAAGACAAAUUCGGCCGAGGAGUUCCUCAAAGUCUGGCGCGAGAUAUCGGCACUCCAGGCGGCGUUAAGGUUUACCAUCAUCUUAGAUACAAUACCACGCUGCGCGAUCCAUGCCACUCCGUGAGUUGCUCGCAUCUCUGUGUUGCCGUACCAAGAGGACAUCGUUGCCUGUGUCCGGAUCGGUCCGGUUACAGUGGACCGGCGCCACUUACGGGCAACGACGUCGUUUGCGAUGCUACCAUCGAACGAGAAAAACCUGCGCCCAAGGUCUGCCAAUGCAAAAAUGGAGGCUUCUGUAUAGAGGCCGAGGGAGGAAAAUUGACCUGCGUCUGCCCCGAGGAUUAUCGCGGUGACACGUGCGAGAUCGGCUUCGCUUCGUCGAGGUCAGGUAGCGCGGCGGCUUCGAUCAUCGUGCCAAUAAUCGUAUCGAUUUUGGUUCUGCUUGCUGCAGCGGCUGUAUUUAUUAUACUCAAGAAGAGACCAUUUGGAAAACCUGGACUGGGCAGUUUGACCGGUGCUCAAAGUGUAUCUUUCCGGCAAGGCAGCAAUGUCGAGUUUGGCGCGUCAACGGAUCGAAUGGAACCACUUGACGUCGAAUACAACAUGGGCGAAGUAAGCAAUAAAAAUCGAGAUUUCAGCAAUCCAAUGUACGAUGCUGUGAACAUGGAAACGAGUACGACGAACGGUGGCACCGGGCCUGGAAUUUAUGAGGUACCAGCCGAAAUGAAACCAUCGAGUAUGCAGCACAAGGAGCCACCGCAGCUGCACUUGAAAAGGCGCGAGCUCGAUCCCACUCCAAUAGAUUCUGGCAAAGAUACUCAACAGCUCGUUGAAGAAGACAAAUCCGAAUCGUAGAGACCUAUCCCCUUUAAUUGUGUAUAUAAUUUUAGAGAGAAGUUGAGAGAUUCCCGAUGUACAGUUCGAGAUAAUUAAUUUUCUUUUUUUUUUUAUUCGUGUUAAGGCAAUUUUUAUGAACUUUUUUUUUUAUCAUCCGGUGCUGUUGCUACUACUACAUACUUUUGAUAUGAGUAAAUCGCACGGGAUUGGAUAAUCGUGCAAUAUUUCAUCUCGUUUAUUUUGAGAGAUGUGUGUUACAUUUGCAUCCAUUGCUUUUUUAUUUGAUCAGGUACCAAAUUUUAUAAUAUGACAUCACUGGCUAUAUUUCACUAGUAUACGAAAUUAGAGAUCAACAAACAUUUUACUAAAGUUUUUUCAAUAGUUCCAAAAUAUUUUAAACUUCAAUAAUAAGAGAAUCAAAAAGCAGUAGAUGUAAUACAAUUGUGUCAUGUUUUAUUGAACGAGAUGAAGAAUUUUACCAUAGUCUUUGUCAUGUCUCCUUUAUAUAAGAGAUUUGAUUUGUGUAAGUCUUGUAAAUAUGAUUGUCACGAAGUGUAUUUUUAAAAUCCAUUAUUUAUUCAUGUAAUUCGCUGUAUCAUAAAAUAUAAUUAUACUAAAUUUAUAAUUGACGCGUUACUUCGCGGUCAAAUAAGAAUCCUUUGAAAAAAGCAAGCAAUUACAGUAAUUAGCAAUAGACGACGUAUUUUUGUAUAGGUAUACAUAAACUGUGUGCAAGAGUUAUAAAGAAAAUCAUAUGAGAUAUUUUAUGAAUUUAUAGCGUGAAAUGAAAUUGUAAUCUUAUAAAAAUAUUGUUAGGGUUAACUAAUUUUAAUCAUAGAGACGAAUUUAUAUUAAAAAAAAAAGCGAAGCAAUUGUUUGAAUCCGCACGUUAAACAUAAUUUUUUUUUCUAUAUGAUGGUGAAAGAACAGAUGAAAAUGUUACACGAACUAAAACAAAUCUUCGUCAAUUCCGAGAAGCUUUAUACAUUUUUUCAUUCAUUUUAUUAUUAUUAUAAUCGUAAAUUAUUAUCAUAAAUGUUAUCACUUACUAUUAAUAUUUAUUGCAAUGUUGUUGUACAUUAAAAAAAAAAAAAAGAAUUAUAUUGUAAUCCGAAAACGACGCCUUCACCUGCCUGAAAAUUAUACUUGUAAAGUGCAACACCACAAUAUGAAGAUGUUAAUCGAGCCGAGAGAUGCAUGAGAGAGAAUUUCUGCGUUUAGGUCGAUCGGAGGGGGGCUCAAUAGCACCGACGGCCUAUUCUCAUUAAUUGACUUUUUAUUCUCUCGCACCAAUGAUGCAAUGUAUUUUUUGUAAUAAUGAUUGAUAUUUGCGCGAUGUACGCGUCGAUGCGCUUGAGGUGCGUUUAAAACGAUAACGAAUAAGAGUCUUAUAAAUAAAUUUUUAUUAUCAUA